UUGGAGGAAGCUGCGUUCAAAAAGUCCGCCUCUCCGUCCCGCUCUGCUGGGAGCUUUUCUGGUUGGUCGCCAGCAUCGUCCCGCUCCUCUCCGCGGACAUAUAAAGCAGCUUUCAGCCGCUGCUGGUCACAUUUUCUUGAGUCUCGUCUCCAGAAACAAGCAGCAACGAAAUGAGUGGCCGCGGAAAGACCGGAGGAAAAACCCGAGCGAAGGCCAAGACCCGCUCCUCUAGAGCCGGACUCCAGUUCCCGGUGGGCCGCGUUCACAGGCUGCUGCGCAAAGGCAACUAUGCGGAGCGGGUCGGUGCCGGAGCCCCCGUCUACCUGGCCGCUGUGCUCGAGUAUCUGACCGCUGAGAUCCUGGAGCUGGCUGGGAACGCCGCCCGCGACAACAAGAAGACCCGCAUCAUCCCCCGUCACCUGCAGCUGGCCGUCCGCAACGACGAGGAGCUCAACAAGCUGCUGGGUGGAGUCACCAUCGCUCAGGGUGGAGUGCUGCCCAACAUCCAGGCGGUGCUGCUGCCCAAGAAGACCGAGAAGGCCGCCAAGGCCAAGUAAAC